AUGUCUGAAGAUGAUGACCACCUCAUGUGUGCCAUUUGUAUUGCAAUCAUGAGAUAUCCGGUCACUCUUCCGUGCGGUCAUCACAUGUGUUUAGAUUGUUUUAAGAAGAGCAUCGAAAUGGUUAACCUCUUGUGUCCAUUUUGUAGGUCUAGAAUCAGUUGUUGGGCUCGAAAGGCCAAAAACGAUGACAAUCUAAUUGAUUGGCAAAAAUGGAAUGUAAUUCAAGCCAAAUAUCCUCAUUUGGUUUCUCUCAAAGUUUGUUGUAAUCAAGACAUUGAUACUUCUGAAAACCAGUUGUUUGAAUACAGAUCUGUUCAUAGAGUCAUUUCAUCACAAGGAGAAGUACAUCAAGAAUAUGAAGAAUUUAUGAAACAGGAAAGUCAACGAAUUUUAAAAGAAGAAGAAGAAACUCAAAGACUUAUCCAAACACUUCUCUCUGAAGAUCAGAUGUUUGAAGAAAUGAGACAAAAAAUACUGAUAGAGACAGCAAAUGAUGAAGAGAUAGCUAUGAGUUUACAACAAAUGGAUACUUCGAUUGUAAUUACUGUUGAGUUGUAUGCGCUCUUCAAUUCGGGUGGUAUUCGGGGAAACAUAACAUUCAGACAACAAACUGAGUCCGAUAUCGUCUCUAUCGGCAUCUACUUAAGUAAUGCCAAUAACGAUGGUAACAAUCAACUCUUUGAAUGGCUUAUCAACGAAUUGCCUGUAUUUUAUGACUCGAAGAACCCAUGUUCAGCAUCAGAAGUCGGCAAAACAGAGCACGACAUGACUCGAAGACACGGAUCUAUUAGUAUAUCUCAUAUUAAUAAUGAUAUCCAAACUUUUACUGACUCGCAUAUUACGCUUUAUGGUGUCAAAAGUAUUUGGGGGAAAUCAGUAUCAUUAAGAAACAUGAAUAAUAGUGAUCACCGAACUUGUUCCAACGUUUUUACUGAUGGUAUUGUCAAGUCUGCAUUGGCAACAUUUACUGAAACCAUUGCUGGAACAGUUCUCUUCAGAGAAAACCAAAGACAAGAAACUCUUAUAUUUACUAAUCUAUAUAAUAUAGAAGAAGAAUAUAAAUCAAAUUCAAGAAAUGAAUGGAAAGUCUUAGUAUCGGAUAUAUUGGAUACAAAACGCGAUCGAAAAUGUGAUUAUUUACAGACUUUGUUGGAUCCAAAUAAUGCUAACGACAGUAACUGUUCAACAAGUAAUCAUCAAUUGUGUAAAAUAGGAGAUUUAACGCGAAAACAUGGAAUGGCUGUCAUUGGAUCUAAUAAUAAUAGAUACUCAAAGAAGUUAUCAAUUGAUAUGAAUUUUCCACUUUCUUAUCUUGAAUCUAGUCGUGGACUUUAUGUUACAAUUUAUGACAAAAAUAGUGCCAAACGUGUGAUGUCUUGUGCAAAAUUGCAACCUUUGGAGACCAGACAAGUAAAAGCUAGUAUUUCUAUGGAUGGCGUCAAAGGAUCCAUACUUUUCAGUCAGAGUUAUCGAACUGAUCCAACAAUUGUUAAAAUCAAUUUAACAAAUUUACGAGGACGAGCAAAAUGGUAUCACAUUCAUCAGUUCCCAUUACCGUCACAACUAUCAAAACAUGAUAAUGUAUGCUCAGCUCAAGCUGUUGGUCCCCAUUUCAAUCCAUUUGCUAUUGACUCUAACAGUGGUCCACUUCCUGCUAUCGGUACUAAUGAUAUGUAUGAAGUGGGAGACUUGAGUGGCAAAUAUGGACCUUUAAAUGAAGAUCCAAAUUCAGAUAUAUAUUUAGCUGUUUUUGUUGAUCUAAAUCUACCACUUUUUGGUAUAAAUAGUAUUAUAGGUCGUUCAGUAGUAAUACAUAAAGGAAAUGGUGAUCGUUGGAUAUGUUGUAACAUUGGUUAUCAUAAUGAAAUGGUCACAGCUAUGGCUACUUUUGUAUAUCCUAUUGUUGGAUACGUUAUAUUUCGACAGUUAAAAGAUAACCCAUUGAGUGAAACAACUGUUUUUGCAGAACUUAGCUAUUCUGAUGGUACGGUUAAUAAUACAGUCGGUCAUAGUUGGCACAUACAUACCAAUACUCAUGGAAGAGAUUUUUAUAACUGGAGUCGACGGUGUGAUAGUGCCGGUCCUCACUUUAAUCCAUUUAAUGUAGGAAUGGGACGAACUUACAAUUCUUUAUGUAAUUCUGAUAAUCAGUUUCGCUGUGAAGUCGGAGAUUUAACAUCAAAAUCAAAGAAAUUAUCGAUUGCUUCAUAUAAAGGAAGUUUUAAUAAUAAACUGUUUUAUACCGACACUCUCUUACCACUGUCCGGACCUUCUAUGCAAUCAAUUAUUGGUAGAUCGCUUGUCAUACACGAUGACACAGCACCUCAACAAAGGGGUGAUAGAUUAGGAUGUGCUGUCAUAAGAAUUGUUCAUCCAUUAACAGCUAGUGCUAGAAAUUGGCGAACAAGUACUGCAAUUGCAUCAAACAUAUCGGGAUCUAUAGUUUUUAAUCAACAAACCUCAUACGAUGCCACCAAUGGUAAAGUAGAUUUACACGGUCUCUAUGGUCUCGCUCAUGGAUAUCACAUACACGAUAGUUGGGUUUCAAUUGAAAAAGAGUUUCCGUGUGCAGCCGAUGCAGUUUAUGGUCAUUUUAAUCCACUUAAUGUUGAUGUAUCUGUUGGUCCUUUUCCUGAAGUUGGUUCAGUAGAUCAGUAUGAAGUCGGAGAUCUUAGUGGAAAGUUUGGAAUUAUUGACAACAAAAACACUCAAAGACAAGACUGGACUGAUUCUAGUCUUAGUCUUAGUGGACCCAACUCUAUAAUCGGCAGAUCUAUUGUCAUUCAUAAAAAAGAGAAAAAUUUUCGAUGGGUUUGUUCAACAAUUAAUAUUGAAGAAAGCAAAGAUAUGGCCCGAGAAAUAGUCGCUUUGGCCUCUUUUCAUGAACCAAGACAUCUAAUCUCUGGUUAUAUACGGUUCAAACAACUGGAGUACAUCGAUGGUAGUCUAAGUGAUACAUGGAUUGAAGUCAAUCUAAAAUAUCCCGGAUUCAAUAAUCUAAAUGUCACAUCAGGUCAUAAUUGGGCUGUUUAUGUAACCCCUGUAGGAGAGGAUGCUUUUAAUCAAAUAGACUCAGUAAGAUGUAUAGCUUCUGGAUAUCGAUGGAACCCUUAUCUUAGUAAAGAUGAUAUAGACAUAUAUAAAAAAGAUUGUAAUCCAAAUAAUGGUCUGCGGUGUGCAAUGGGUGACUUGAGUGGUAAACACAAUAUAUUAUCAAUUGGUGGUCAACGCAAACUUUUUUCCGAUGUAAACUUACCGCUAAUUGGAAACUAUUCAGUUAUGGGUCGUUCGGUUAUCAUAUUUAAAAAUUAUGGACAUUUUAUACCACUGGGUUGUGCUAACAUAAAACCAGAUAUUCAUUUGAUAAGUAAUGUUGCCAUCAAAAAGACGCCGACAUUCACUGUUAACAAAUUCAUGUCUCAUAUGAGAAGUCUAUUAAAUGCAACCGAUUGGCUCAUAGUUGCCGAUGUCUACAAUACCAGAGACAUUGCCGACAAUCAAUGUGUUCAGCUAUCCGUUAACUUCUUUGGUAAUGAAGCCCAUCGAUUUCAAGUUGAAUUCAGUAAUUUAAUUAAUUUGGGAACAGUUAAGAGGCAGACAAUAACUGGACUCAAAUCUGUUUCAACUUUUUAUAAGCCAUGCAAAACAAAUUCAAAAUGA